CGGAUCUGAAAACCAACAAAUAAAUUUAUUUAACAAAAAAAAAAUUCAAAUAAAAACUAGUUUUAAAUUUCUUAUUAAAUAGAAAAUAAAAAACAAAUAAACAAGAAAUAAAAGAAAAUUCCUUUUACUUUUAUUUACAAAGAAAAGUUGUGUUAAACAACUUGUUUGUAAUUAUUAAAAAUAAAAAUAAAUAAAACAUAAAUAAGAAAAUUACAAAUUUGAUAACAAACUGUGAUAGUUUUUUAACAAAAAGUACAGAGAAAGAAAAACAACAGAACAUUUUGUUUUUAACAUUUAAAAACAAUUUGAUUUUAUUUUGUGAAAAUCAAGUGAUCAAGUGGUUUUGUUUUCAAUUUGGGAUCGUUUGAGUGACUGUGUGUGUUUUAUAGAUGACCGAAAAGGAUACUGCUUCAAUGACUACCGUGCAAAUGAAGGCCGAUUAUGCCGCUAGUGAGGUGUAUAGCACCGCUAGUGAGCCACCACCGCUGGGAUUUUUUAACUAUAAUCCACAACAACAACAACAGGCCUACAAACGUCAAUCCAAUUCCGUGAAAAUUGCCAAAAUUACCGCAUUCACUAUAAUUGUGUGCUCAUUUAUCUUGGGUUCCUUCAUUUUGGCCUCUUCGUAUUUGCAAGCCAAGGCUUCGUGCGAUCAAGUGCAGGCACUUGAUUCGGUUUUGGAAAAAGAAUUGAUGUUGGAAACCUUGCAACAAGUCAAUAAGGAACUUCCUCGCGCUGAAGCUCUAUUGGGUCGUGAAAAUAUCAAUGAUGAUGAUUUGCAAAAUCUCGACAAAGAAGAGCCCAUCAGAAAGGUGGAACAUAAAAUGCAUAAAGCUGAACACAAGCCCUCCGAAGAAGAGACCAACAUGAAUGAGAAUAACGAUAGCGAGAACAGUGAAGAGGUCGAUGAAAUGCAAAAGUAUCCGGGUAAAAUUCCUUUGGAAUUGGACUUAAGUGAUUUGGCUGCUGCCUUAUUGCAAAAUAACAAAAGAUCUCGCAUGAAUUGUGUUGUAGAACGUAAACAUGCCGAAGAAAUUGUUGACUCGCCCUCGAAAACUGUUGCUCUGCCCUUCGGCAUGAACUUGACCACCGAUCCCAAAAAGGCUCGCAUUACCGGCGAACGUAUUUCCAUCUUCUGCGAGGGAGGCAAUGAAAACAAGGAUCAAGAAUCGGGUCGUCACAACAACAACAACAACCGUGAAGAGGAUGAUGAAGAUAUCGAAGAUGUUGAAGCUAUUCGUCCCAUGUUUAUACCCUUCCAACGUGUACCCAUACCAUUCGGUGCCAUUCCCAAUCGUUUCCCCUUGACUCAUAUGCCUCAGCGUAUGGAACCCAUGAUGCCACCUCGUCACCAACAAGAACCACAACAUGGUUUCUUGCGUCAAUUGCCUCCUCCACCACCACCAUUCCAACAGCAAUUGCCCAUGCGUCCCCCUAUGCCACCACAAGAGAUGCAAGCUCCUCAUCCAGAACCUCAACGUAUUGUACGCAUUCAAUUCCAUCAGAUUCCUAUUAGAGAAAUGAUUCAUGUUGCCAACGAUGUACCUCAACAAAUCUCUGUGCAACAACAUCAACAACCUUCUGCAGUUCAACAACAACAACAGCAGCCCCAACAAACCCAACCCCAACAAGUGCAAAUUCAACAACAGCCCCAACAACAACAGGUGCCCCAGCAACGUCAAGAAUUCCCCUUCUUCCAAAUUCAACGCAUGCCCUUGGGUUUGGCUUUGGAACGUGCCGGUAUCACUGCUGAAGAUUUAAACAACAUUCAACGUCUCACCGAAAAUCGCAUCAACGAAGAAUUCCGUCUCUUGGCCAAUGAAUCCGAUGAAGAUGAGACCAGCAACAGCUCCGAGGAUGAUGAUGAAAACGAUGAUAAUGAAACUCCUGUUGCCCCUCAAGCACAGCAACAACAACAGAACAAACCUCAAGCUCAAGAUCAACAACAAGCUGAACAACAGCAGCAACAGCAACAGGCUGAACGUCAAGCUCGCAUGCAAGAAUUGCCCAUGCCCAUCCAACGGCUUAUUCUUCAACCUUUGCCCGAACAACCCCGUGAUACCAUGACACCACCAAUGCCCGAUCAACCCAUGCAACGUUUGCCCAUGGGCCAUCCCGGCUGGGGUCGUAGUUUAGCUCAACCCGUCAGCAUUCCCGUUCCCAUGAUGGAGGCUCAAAACGAUAUGUCAGCUCAGGAUGAUCAAUCGUCGGCCCAAACAGCUGAAGAGUCUGAAAGACCACACUUUGUCCAGCCCCGUUCCGUCUAAUCGUUUGAUUGUAAUAAAUCAUCUGUGAUGUUUGCUGCUGUCUUUUUGUAUCAUCUACUUUAAAUCUAUAAAAAAAAGAACACAAAAUUGAAUUUGAAAUUCUUAUUUUUCUUUCAAAAACAAAAUAGAAUAAAUAUUCAUAUGGCAGCCUUAAUGUUUUUUGAACAACAUGUAUAAAUUUUUUUACCCUAAUUAAUUGUUUGGUUAUUUGUAAAAAAAAUGAUGUUAAUUGGUGUAUAAUAUACAUUAUAUAUAUAUAGAAGAUAUAAAAUAUAUUCCAAUAAAGUGAAAAAUUUUAAUUUAUAAUUUUUUUAACGUUUUCUUUUUUUCGUUUGUUUUUAAUUUUUUCCCUUCUACACUUGUACUAUUUAAUACAAUAUGUAUGAAUGUUUUUUUGUUCAAUCAACCAAUCAAUCAAUCUUUAUAAUGUAUAAAAUUUAUUAAUGUAUUACUACUAUAUAAAAUAUACUAUAUUUUUGUGAAUCUUUUAUUAAAGUUAUAAAUAAUUGUUGUUAAAUUUUAGAAAUUUUUUUGUAAAAGGAAUUUAAAAUAAAUUUGUUUUGUAAGAGAAAUCAGAAAACCCCAAUAAAAAAAUAAAAAAAAAAAAUUGUAAAUAAGAAAACAAAAA